AGCAAGCAAGCGAAGAAGCAGAAGGGGCAGCGCCGUCCGCAGACAAUGUGGGUCAGCCUUCUGGUGACUCAUCUUGGUCUGUGGGACUGGUGUACAUGCCCCAAAAGUGGAUUCUGCUGCUUCUGGCCGUGCAGGAAGCCUCCCGAUCGCCAGCCCUUCUGCGAGCGGCUGCCGCCAGGGACGAGGGGGCCGCCGCUUCCGUCUCGAAUGGCGUCCGGUACGUCGAGCACGUGGGAAGAGAACGUGUACGAUGACGUCGAAGUGCCCGGCUCCAACAAGUCGCAGCUGUUUCUGCAGACCAGGGACGGCCUGACCGAGGUCACCUACGAGCCGGUCCCCGACCAGGACCACGUCGAGACCACCAUAUCGCGCGACAAGGAGAAGCGUGCCGUCUCGCCCGAUGCGAAGCACUCCGCCGGGGCGCCCGCGGCCAAGUCGAAAGGAGCGGCGGAUUCGACCAAGCGUUCGCCCAAAAGCGAGGAUGAGCACAUUUACGAGGACAUCGAUGCCGCCCAUAUAAAUGAGCAAUAGUCCGUUAGGCUUACUUCCUGAACUAUGUAUAACCCCAAUUUUUUUUUCUAUACGCUCGAGCCAUUGUAUAUCUUUAUUUUUUCGGCUCGCGGAUCUGAGAAGGCGUACUCGAAGAGAAAAAAAAGUGAGAGUCG